CAUGUUUUGUUGGAGCAGAAUAUCACAAACUGUUGCAAAUAAUAUCUAAUUGUAAUUGUAGAUGUGAAUAAAUUUUAAAACAAACUCAGAAUGAUGCGGGGAAUGUGUCUUGGACUUGUUGUGUUUACUGCUUUGGCUGUAACGUUUGUAACGUCACAAAACUGGUCUGGAAACUACCAGAGGCGAUAUGGAGUGACUCAUUACUAUUGGGUCCGGUAUUGCCGAUCAAGUUACUAUUACCGUUACUGGUACCACUAUUAUUGGGGAUAUGGCUGGUAUAGGCGAUGGUGGUGUCCCGCUUACAGCUAUUACUACAGUCCUUCGUAUGGUUAUAUAUAUUCGUGUAAACCAGGAUGGACAACGAGUAGCUACCGAAACUGCGAUACACCUGUCUGUCGGCCGAGAUGUCUGAAUGGUGGAACAUGUUCAUCUCCAAAUGUAUGUAAUUGCCCUAGUUCGUCAACUGGUGGAACAUGUCAGACACUCACCUGUUCCUAUCGACGCCCCUGCUAUCCUGGGGACUGUGAAGCGAAUUCAUGCAAGUGUGAACCCGCGUUUUAUUCCACGAACCCAUCAGACGGAUGCAUUAACAUUAACAGCACUGCGGAGGAGUUUCGUCCAGAAAUCGUCAAGAGCAACGUUACACUGGCCCACAUACGGCGCUCUGAUAAUGAAACACAGUAUAUGUUCACUGUGGUCGGGAAGGAUAAAAAUAACUUCACACUUAUUUGGAGCAAUCAAAAGCGUUUCAACAACCUGAGGUUCGAGUUCGAUACGCUGAUUGACAUUCCUGAAAUCCCAGAAAGGCCUAAUUAUAUCCAUGACGCUAAAAUGGGAAUCGUUGCGAGCAGUAUAGAGGCAUCUGUAAGCAAAAUACCACGUGAUGGAGGCAGCAAUAGAUACAUUGCUUCUAACAAUACCUACAACUGUGAGACAGGUAUAAGCGAAGAUAAUCCUGCACUAGAGAAGGACACUUGUGAAUUCAACGAAGAAAACUUUGCGACCUUGAUUGAACAUGGAGAUAUUCUUCUUCUAAAAUUCCGAUCGCGUAGCGGUGGGUUUCAAAAGCUAAUCAACAUAGAUAACCAGGGGAAACCGUUUGCAACUAAACAUUACAAUGGUCUUCAAGGCGAGGAAAAUUUGGAGUUUCGAUUCGACUUUGUUGUACCCGAGCACUGUUCUUUAGGUUCUGGGUCGUGUCUUUCAAAGCCACUUCACAUAGACGAUGAAUUUACCAGAAGUACUAUACAAGCCCGAUGGUCAGGUUGGACAGAUGCGAUGUCUGGUAUGUGGCAGUAUUAUAUUGAGGUUCUUAAACUGGCACCCAACAGAGACGAAAGACUUGAAGAGUCCACUCCUAUUGACCCAGUUUUCAGUGAAACACUUAACCAUACUGACGGAGAAAUGUCUAGUUCAUACACGCCCGACGAACCUGGGAUGUACAGUGUGCUCUUGAAAGUGUCCGAUAUGGCCAACAAUUCUCGAAUCGCUCGACGCUUUGUUCUUUACGAUGGUACAUCCGUGAUAUCAGUGAGUAACGAGACGGACAAGAAGCUAUACAUUUCCAGUGCUGUGGAGGAGACUGGAUACGCUUGGCAAACGCCUUCGACCAGCAAAGAAAACAAGGUAACGGUGAACGUGAGAUGGGAUGGACACUUUGCGAACAAAUUGCAUGAAGACGGGAAAUUUCUGGCUGAAAUCGAGGAGUUCCCAAUUCAGUUCAAGGACAUAGAAGACGAUGGAAUAUUAAUGAGUUUGAAGUUUGUUGCCGCUUCUCUUGAUGACAAAGAGGGUAAACGUACACGAGCCGCCAUUCCCAACUUCCAUGGAAUCGUCAAAUAUGAGGUCGUAUAUGACCAAUCUGCAUCAGAGGAAGUACCAACACGAGGGUGGUCAGAAAUUACUCUUCAAGAAAGUACAUCUACAUUGAGAACCCUUCAAGAUGGCGACCGUUUGCGCGUAUGGGUCAGAGCUACUGAUGUUAUGGGUAAUACAAAAACGGAUUCGACGUUCAUGAAAAUUGACGGAUCUCCGCCAACAAUUUCAAGUGGAAGUAGUUCAGAUCAUCGCGUUGAAUUAAAUGUUGAUGAUGGUGCAUACAGACAUGCAUCUAGAGCAACCUUUUUGGCGUCUGAUCGAGAAAGUGGUGUUUACAAGAUUGGAAUAAAACUAACAGCUAAAAUGCCUGGGAAGGAUGACAUGGUGACGUACCAAAAUUUUACAGAAGCAAGAAGAGGGAAUGACAACUCAGAUCCGCGGUGUAUCGGGUUAGACCAGAAUGGGAUAUGCCUCCUACCAACACAAAUUGUGGACAUAGACAAUUGCUGGCUGACGGUCAGCAAGGCUGAUCUUGAAACGGCUUCAGGCGAGCUAGAGAUCACAGCUUACAAUCAAGCAAUGCUUACAGCAACCACUACAUUUGACAUGGGUCCAUUGACAGAACUUCAUGGUUUGGAAAAAUACAAUGGCCCAACGAACAUGAGGAUUGAAAACAAGUCACCAACUGGCUUUAGACUAGCAUGGGACCUGCCUGAAUCGGAGUCCUGUUUUGGAGCUGCAGACAUCAUCAUUAUCCUUACAAACAGGGAUUCAAACGGUGAAAUUGAACUUAAAUCGUUUGCAACUCCUAGUACUGCUACCUACUUUGAUUUUCUCGGACUGAACCCUGAGGUGAAAUACAACUUAGGGCUUCAGAUAAAAGCCGAAGGUGGAACGGCUCAGGCAUUUGGGGAAGACUUGUCCGUUAUUACUCCGAAACAAGAAUCAACAGGAGUUUCGACUGGCGCUGUUGCCGGAAUCGUUAUUGGUAUACUGUUGAUGUGCGCUUUGGCUGUUGCCGUCCUCUUCGUCCUCACGCGCCGUGGAAUCAUUAACAUUCAACCGCAACAAAGAAUGGGCGAGAUACGUCGAGCCGUCACGAAGCGUGUGCGUCAGUCGAGAAUGUUUGCGACUGAUACUCCAAGUCAAUCACAUGAGAACAAGAGCUAUGAUGAGGAGUUGUACUUAUACGGGGGAAUGGACUUCAAUACAUCCAGCAAAGGCUACAUAAGUAGGGACCAUAUUACAUUUGACGUGCUCUUGAAGAGUGGGCAUUUUGCAAACAUAUACCGAGCACGUUAUAAUGGACAAAACGUUGUGGCUAAAACUCUGAAAGAAAACUUUAAGACGGAUGACGAACUAUUAAUGAAGGCGAAAAUAAAUUUCUUUUCCGACAGAGUUGGCGAUCACCCGAACAUCAUCAAGUUUAUUGGAGCGGUCGUGGAUGAUGUAACAAUGGGUCCAAUGAUCAUCUAUGAGUUUUGUGAGAACGGAACUCUGAGAGACUACCUUGAGAAAAACAAAUCUAACAUGACCGUUGAGAUGCAAGAAAAUCUCUUUCGCUUUGGACUUGACAUCGCUAAAGGCAUGGACUACCUAACCACUAAAGGGGUGACACAUCGACGUCUUGCUGCUCGUAACAUCCUCCUGAAUUACCUCAAUGAAGUAAAAAUCGCAGGAUUUGGACCCCAAACGGCUGGCGAGGAGGACGGAGGAGACGCGGAAACAGGAAAGAAGGAACGUAUCCCAAUCAAAUGGAUGGCACCUGAGUGUAUGGAAUCAACAAAGAAGGCAAACGAGAAAAGUGAUGUCUGGUCGUAUGCUGUUGUUCUCUGGGAAAUCUUCUCUCUUGGAGAAACUCCGUACACGGGUAAAAGUCGCAAUCUUCCCCAACGACUGAAGAGGGGCGAGCGUCUCGAGAAGCCAGAGAUUUGCGAUGAAACAUGGUAUAAGGUGAUGCAGCAUUGUUGGGAGUACGACCCCAAGAAACGACCCCGCUUUGCGGAAGUCCGCGAGCAACUUGACACACUCUUCGUCAAUUCUCCAGGAGACGACUUCUAUUACUAUAAACGCUAAUUUCUUCUGAAAAACUGUAUAUUAUUUGUGUGAAAUGUUGAAGAAUUAUGAAAUAUCUACAUACACCCCCAAUGUCUUCGGAAACACCAUCUACUUGUAUAAGCACUCUCCCAAGACACAAUGCACCUUGAACAAAAAUGUUGAAGUAGUUUUGAAAUAUUUCACAUACGUAUUAUGUAAUCCUAGUCGCUUCUCCAUGAGGCGGCUUCUACUAUUAAAAACACUUACCUAAAAAUAUAUAUUUAUGUUGCUUUCAAAGACGUUGAAGUUUUCGAAAAUUUUGAUGUAUUAUCUUAUCUUUAUUUAUAUUGGUUUGAACGUUUGAGUUAUUACUUGGUAACGGACGCUUGCGUUGUCUCGAUGGAGAUGGAGAAUAUGAUGAUGGUGAAUCACGAUUAUUUCUUAAUUAAGUAAUAUAUAAAAUCAUUGAACACCCUGUUGUAUAGGGGGUGGGGGAUUUUCCGCUACAUUUGAAGUUGAAAAUGUCGAUGUAAGUAAUAUCUCAGUUGCUUGUGCUGUUGAGUACUUGAAAUCAUCCUAUCAAAAUUCAAAUGCACAAUUUAUUCGAACGAGAUAUAUCACGUUCGCGAUUUUAAAGGAAUCAUUUCAUUAUAUUCUUGAUCUCCAGUGUCCGUUCUGUUUUUAUUCUACCUGUGUUUUGCACAAUAAUAUAUGUAAUCGAUUUUAUACCUUUUCAAAAUACUUUCAUAGUAUUGAUGUUUGCCUUUAAUGUAAAUGUGUUUUUUUUUUUUUUAAACUUGCUGUUUUUACUGAAUAUCCAUUAUGCUGUCUUUGAUAAAAUAUUUAUUCUC